AUGCAGCAACCGACUUGCAUACCAAAAGGGUUGGAAGCGCUCAUAUUUUCCAUCUACUUUUCUGCCGUAGGAAGCCUUUCGGAAGACGAAUGCUGGGAAACGUUUGGCAGUCCGAAGAGCGAUCUCACCGAUACUUAUAAAUUUGCGACCGAACAAGCGCUGGCACGAGCCAAGUUCCUCGAAACCGACGAAUUGAUUGUAUUGCAGGCUUUCGUCAUAUUUCUGAUGAGUCUGCGAAAUCAUUGCAGCAUCCGACUCAUGUGGAGCCUUACUGCUCUGGCAGUUCGUCUUGCUCAGAAUGCUGGCAUCCACCGCGACGGCAGUCACUUUAAUCUGUCUCCAUUUACGGUGGAAAUGAGGCGAAGGCUGUGGUGGAGCAUUUGUGUUCUGGAUUCUCGUGCCUGUGAAGAUUCUGGCCACGAUGCUACGCUUCCUCAUAGUGGCGCUGAUACUUUGAUACCGCUCAACAUCAACGAUUCGGACAUGACUGUGCAAAUGAAGGAGUCUCCUCAACCUAGAGUUGGUCUGACGGAAAUGAGUUUCAGUAUUGUUCGAUUUGAAGCAACAUCUCUAUUUCGGCGACUCCAGUACAAUCCAACUAGGUGCCUGGGUCACAAUAAUGAAGAGCAAGAUCUUGCAGAAAAGAUGAAGCAGAUUUCCGAAACCCAAACGCGACUCCAAAAUCUUUACUUAAAACACUGCGAUCUAUCAGAUCCUUUCCUGUGGUAUAUCUAUACUAUUGCGCAAAUUGUCUUCACAAAAAUGCAGCUUGUUGCGCAUCAUCCAUCUUUGCGUCGUGCUGGCUACACAGAGUUGCCCAAAGAAACGCAGGAAUACUUAUUCACCUCCUCUAUCAUGAUUCUUGAGUAUUGGCUAGCCUUGAACACAGAAAAGAAGACUCAGAAAUGGAGAUGGCUAUGCGAGACAUAUAUUCAAUGGUAUGCACUUGCGUUUCUGCUUUCCGCUUUAUGCGUUCGGCCAGAGAGCGAAGAAGUAGAGAGGGCGUGGAAUGCGGUUGAUGCCACUCUCCAAUUGGGUCUCAAGCUCUCGAAUAUUGCUCAAAAGACAACCGGGAUCAAUCCGAGUGGCGUGUCAGAUAUUGACGAAUUCUUUUGCGAUGCAUAUAAGCCUUUGCACAGGCUGAUUAAAAAAGCCCGUGCAGCUAGAUCUCGGACUUCUCCCCCCAAAGAAAACGCUGCUCAGCCACCCCAGGCAGAAAUAACAAAUAUGGCACCACAAGAUGGGCCAGGAACAGCAAUUGGAGGAGUCGAAGGCAAUAGUUUAAUGAUGGAGAAUUUCUCUGAUGCCUCGCUACUCCAUGGCUUCGGUUCAUCAGGGUAUUCUGUACCCCAAGAGAUACCAGACCUCUAUUACCCAUGGAUCUACAAUUUUGAAUUCCCCGGCGAAGGCUAUAAUACUAGCUCAGGGAGCAUAAAUUAA